AGAAUACAAACAAAAUCCCAACUUGGACCAUGGAUCGUUCAAAUGUCCAACAAUUUUGUCAGAUUCGAAAUGCAUAUUUGAUUUAGUGAUUAUUUUUGUUGCAUUGUAUGCACUUCGAAUCGGACCCAUGGCUGCAAUGAAUAGAAAACGAAGCAAUUUUAUCAAAAUGCAAACAAAACUAAACAAAUCCGCAGUGACAGCAGCUAUAGUAUUUGGUUUCGUUUAUCUGAAUGCUGACUGACAACAGAUAUGUGCACGAUUAGAUGUGCACACCACUAUGCAUUUACGCAUUCACACAUACUUACAUGCGCAGGUGUGUACGUGUGUUGAACGCAUUUUGUAUAUAUGGGCAAGACUAUCGCUACGAUGACACUGGUUACGCUCUAUGACUUCAACAUUAGAUGUUGUGUUGUGAAGGCCACUAGAACAGUUUCUGUACGAGUUAAUUGUUGUUAUUUUGUUAUUUUGUUUGUAGUUUUGCUAGGCAGUGUACAGCUCUUUGUUGUCAGUUCGUGUCAGUUUGCAAUGGGUGCUCAAUAUGAAGAAAAGUUACCGGCUCAUAACUAUGAGUACGCUGAAAAAGCAUUGGGCGAAACAAAAGAGAAUCGCGAUCGCUGUUUGGUGGAGAUUCAACAAUGGCUCGACGAAAAUCCGAAAAUCAACGCCAAUCGCGAUAUCACAUCGUUGAUCCACUUUCUACGCGGUGCCAAAUUCCAAAUGGAAAAAGCCAAAAAACGAAUUGAAACGUUUUAUCAAAUGAGAGCUGAACGUCUCGAAUGGUUUGCCGAUCGCAAUCCAAUGAAACCAGAACUUGAGGAACUUCUGGAUCUUGGACUAUUUUUACCUCUGCACACAAAAGACGUCAACAACUAUCAAGUGUUUAUUAUUCGAACGGGCGUUCAUGAUACACACAAACACGAUCAAAACGACGUACUAAAGGUCAUGAAAAUGGUACUCGAUGUCAUUCUCUAUCUGGAUGAGACAAUUUCGAUCUACGGAACAGUGGCGAUUUUUGAUAUGAAAAACGUUACAUGGCGUCAUGGACUUCAAAUGACCCCAACGAUUAUAAAAAGGGCUGUCCAUUGCUGGGAAAAUUAUUCAUGCAAAGUGAAGAAACUAGAGUUUGUCAAUGCUCCACAGCACAUAAAUCUCAUAUUGGAUAUAUUCCUCAAAUUUAUGUCGAAAAAGUUGCGCAAUCGUGUUUUUGUGACCAGAGGUCAAUCUACCGUCGAAGCUACACUGCCAAAAGACCUUGGAGGCGAUGGUCCAAGCUAUGAAGAACUAUCAAAACACUGGAAACAGAAGACACAAGAGAAAGCCAAAUGGUUUGCCGAACAAGAGCAAUACAAAAUGAUUCUCGACGAAUAGUGGUGCAUAUCGCGAGUGAUGCAUCAAUUUUGCAUUCGAAAGAAAAAAGCAAAUAAAUACAUUUCGGGUGGUCAGUUUACGUUGUGUACAAAAUCAUUUUUAUUUUUUUUUUAUAUAAAUUUACUCAUCAAUUUGUACGGGAAAUGUGUUGUUGAAUAAAAAAUUAUCAAAACCAACAAAAAAAAUUGUAUACAAUUUUUAUUUUCAAAUUUAUUUAUUUGUUUUGUGAUUUCUAAUUUUUUUCCCCUUAGAAUAUAGAAUAUAUAAUAUAUAUAUUGGAAAAAUAGUGCAUUUCGAGAGUGAUUUCUAUGAGUUUAGGUAAUUUAUUCUACAAGUGAAUAAUCUAUCGAGAACAUUUAGAAUUGCAUCAGUCAUUCAUAGAUGAUAUUGUUUUCUUAU